GGGCUGCCUCAUCUGGCACUGAUUAUCCUGCUGCUGCUGCUGCUCCUGAACUCAGCUGCUGCCUUCAGCACUCCCCCCCCACACCAUGCUGCCUGCUGCCCCAGCCUCCUUUCUGGGGCCGUUCCUUGCCGCCUGGGUGCUGCUGCCUCUUACCCAAGGCCAGACCCCCAACUACACCAGACCUGUGUUCCUGUGCGGAGGGGAUGUGACUGGGGAGUCAGGUUACGUGGCAAGUGAGGGUUUCCCCAAUCUCUAUCCCCCAAGUAAGAAGUGCAUCUGGACAAUAACGGUCCCUGAGGGCCAGACUGUAUCCCUUUCCUUCCGUGUCUUCGACAUGGAACUGCACCCCUCCUGCCGAUACGAUGCUUUGGAGGUCUUUGCUGGGUCUGGAACCUCAGGCCAGCGACUUGGACGCUUCUGCGGGACCUUCCGGCCUGCACCCGUGGUCGCCCCCGGCAACCAGGUGACCUUAAGGAUGACAACGGAUGAGGGCACUGGAGGACGAGGCUUCCUGCUCUGGUACAGCGGUCGGGCGACCUCGGGCACUGAGCACCAGUUUUGCGGGGGGCGGAUGGAGAAGGCACAGGGAACCCUGACCACGCCAAACUGGCCUGAGUCCGAUUACCCCCCGGGCAUCAGCUGUUCCUGGCACAUCAUUGCACCCCCGAACCAGGUGAUCACACUGACCUUUGGGAAGUUUGAUGUGGAGCCUGAUACCUACUGCCGCUAUGACUCAGUCAGUGUGUUCAACGGAGCUGUGAGCGAUGACUCUAAAAGACUGGGGAAGUUCUGUGGAGACAAGGCUCCUGGCCCCAUCUCUUCUGAAGGGAAUGAACUCCUGGUCCAGUUUGUCUCAGAUCUCAGCGUCACAGCAGAUGGCUUCUCAGCUUCCUACAAGACCCUGCCACAGGGCACUGCAGAGAAAGAGCCAGCCCCUAGCCCAGGGGAGGAUACCCAGCAGGGUCCCCAAUCCCACCCUGGCCCUAAGACAGGAAGUGGGCCAAAAGUCAAACCACCUACCAAACCCAAGCCCCAGCCUGCUGAGAAGCCAGAGGUCUCCCCUGAUACCCAGGCAACUCCAAUGGGCCUGGGUGAGUGUGAGAAGAUGGGAAAAGGGGUAGGCCACCCUCCACAAACAGCACUGUCUCUCCUAGACGUACCCAGUAUCACCUGUCCAAAGCAGUACAAGCGGUUAGGCACCUUGCAGAGCAACUUUUGUGCCAGUAAUCUGGUGGUGACCGGAACAGUGAAGACCAUGGUUCGGGGCCCAGGUGAAGGCCUCACAGUCACUGUCAGUCUCCUCCAUGUUUACAAAACUGGAGGCUUGGACCUGCCCUCUCCGCCCACUGACACCCCUCUGAAGUUCUAUGUGCACUGUAGGCAGAUGCCCCCCAUGAAGAAAGGAGUCCGUUAUCUACUGAUGGGUCAGGUAGAAGAAAACAGAGGCCCCACCCUUCCUCCAGAGAGCUUCGUGGUCCUCUACAAACCCAACCAGGACCAGAUCCUCAAUAACCUGAGCAAGAGGAAGUGUCCCUCCCAACCUGUGAGAGCUGCCUGAGGCCCAGGCUAGAUUCAGCUCCAGACUUUGGUGCUCUUUCUUAUCCAAAUAAAUGUUUCUUAACUCAGAAA